GUGUGUCAUCGCCCGGAACAUGGUGAGUGGGCGGCGCAUCCGCUAGGAGGGCAUCGCCCGCUCUUCAUAAGGGGCCGCUGCGCAGCCGGCCGCUGAAGUAGUUGGAGUUGGGUUCUUCAGAUGGACGCGGUGCUGAAUUUCACAGCCGAGGACGGAGACGAUUAUUACCAGCUGCUCGGCUGCGAUGAGUUGUCCACGACAGAACAAAUCAUGGCAGAAUUUAAAGCGAAGGCCCUGAGCUGCCAUCCUGACAAACAUCCACAGAAUCCAAAAGCGGUGGAGCAGUUUCAGAAACUGCAGCAAGCUAAAGAAACCCUAACCAAUGAAGACCGGCGUGCCCGCUAUGACCACUGGCAUCGCAGUAGGAUUGCAAUUCCAUUUCAUCAGUGGGAGGCUCUAAGUGAUGCUGUCAAAAUGACAAUGCACUGGGCAGUAAGAAGUAAGAAAGAGCCAAUGCUGGAAGCACCUACCGCAGAUUCCAAUGGCUCCACCAAGGAAGGGGAACAACGACAGUCUACAGGGGAAGAAUGGAGUGAUGGCUCUGCUGUGGGACAGGCUGACGGGGAUGGAGCUGGAAUCAAAGCGACAAGAGCGGCAAAUGAUGAUCAGCGUUCUGCAGAAAAUCCCACCUCUCCAGGAAUUUUCGACAUGCACAACUGUCAUUACUAUUUCCACUGGUCAGCAGACCCUCCCUCGGAAUUGCUAAGGAAAUUCAGGAACUAUGAAAUUUGAUGAAGUUUCAGCAGGGAUUCUCAACUUUACUAAAAUGUCCCAUCAGAUCAGUUUGUUCUUUGUAUGUUGAAUGUUCUGUGGAAAGUUUUAUUUGUGAUAUAUUGUGCAUUUCCUUACCUGAGAGCUGGUUAGAGAUGACAACACUGUUGCUGCAAUUUCCUCUUGUACACGUAAUCAAAUGUGACUGUUCCUCAUACUGUGAAUUUUAUGUCGGUGUUUGUAUUAUGUUACUGUUGCUGAAGAUGUAAAUUGUACUUUGUGUGAUCUUAACUCUUUGAGGUCUUACUGUAUAAUUUUGAAAUGGGAGUUAAAAUAUAUGAUACACCUAUUUAAUUCACUCAAAGGAUGUUGUCUUUCACUGAGAUUAUUAAAUAUUAUUUUCUGUUAGAAUCCAGUAUUUAUGGAAGUUGUUUCUGCAGUAUUUGUCUAAAGGCACCACUUGCUUGAUUCAGCCAGUCUGUGUAUAAUUAUAAAAACGAUAUAAGAUAUCUUUAUUAGUCACAUGUACAUCGAAACACACAGUGAAAUACAUCUUUUGCGUAGAGUGUUCUGGGGGCAGCCCGCAAGUGUCGCCACGCUUCCGGUGCCAACAUAACAUGCCCACAACUUCCUAACCUGUAUGUCUUUGGAAUGUGGGAGGAAACCGGAGCAAUCGGUCUUCACCCAUUAUUGGCAGGUUUGCCUACAGCCCUCCUACCUCAAAGUUCUGGAAUUCCAUCCUUAAAUCUCAACUCUCCCUUUCUAAAAUGCUACUUAAAAAUCUUUGACGAACCAUUUGGUCACCUGAUCUAAUGUCUCCUUUUUGAGGAUGAAUCUUGGUGGGGGCAGAGUUCCUGCCAGUAAGUUUGAGGCAUGAAGCCACGUAGGGAUGUGAGCACAGAGGUCAAUUCCCCCAGGGGUUGCAAUCUCUGAGCAGUAUUGGAGGUGUGAUUCUGACCUGG